UUCUCAUUAAUUUUGUAGCCGCCGCCAAGUGUGGAGACAGAGCUAGUUCCAGUCCGGGAGUUUUUUGCCAUCUCAACCGAGUGCACCUUUGCUGACCGUGCGCGUGUGUGUGUGUGUGUGCGAGUGUAUGUGUAAAUGUGUGUGUCGAGGUUCUGAUUCCGAAUCAAAUCUUGAUCGCUCCAUUCCUGUCCUCCACCGCACGGAAUUUGAAGCUGCCUCAGAUUAGCCACGAGCGGAAGCCCAGUUUUCCUCUCGUGUGAGAUCGUGCGCCUCCAAUCUCCCGUUCUUCCGGGAACAAGCUCGAACCGUCUCCACCUUUGUCUCUAGCAGGCUUGCGGCAGCUGCGGAAAGUAGUCCGGUACUGUGAAUUUCUGUGUGCUUUCGGGUGUGUGUGUGUCAGUCUGUGUGUGUGUGCCCGUGUCUGUCCGGUCUGAUUGAAGUUAACGGAAAAGAUGGCAGCCGUUGUAGCACUCGGGGCGAACGUUCUUUCGGCGAAAUCCAUUAUUUGCGACAUCGAGGGAACUACCACGUCGAUUUCGUUCGUAAAGGAUACGCUCUUCCCGUACGCGCUGAAACAUGUAGAAGGGUAUCUGAAAAACAACUGGAACGAGGAGGCGACCAAGACGGUCGUAACAGCUUUACGCGAGCAAGCUGAAGAGGACAAGAAAGCGGAAGUGGAAGGAGUUGUACCAAUUCCUACCGGUGAUUCGGAAGAUAUUAUUCCGGAGAUUGUCAAAAACGUUGAAUGGCAAAUGUCUCUAGAUCGCAAGACGGGCUCGCUGAAGACGCUGCAAGGACUGGUCUGGGCAAAAGGGUAUAAGGAUGGAUCCAUCAAAGGACAUGUGUACGACGAUGUGCAGAAGGCAUUCGAGCAGUGGACGGAGAACGGCCGUAAGAUCUACAUCUACUCAAGUGGCAGUGUCGACGCCCAGAAGCUGCUCUUUGAGCAUAGCGAGCAAGGCGAUCUGCUGAAGUAUCUUUCCGGACACUAUGACACUAAGAUCGGUGCGAAGCGAGAGAAGGAAUCCUACACAUCCAUCUUGAAGAAUAUCGAAUCAUCUCCUGAAGAGGCAUUGUUCCUUACUGACGUAUAUGCUGAAGCCAAAGCGGCAAAGGAGGCUGGCCUCAAUGUUGUGCUGCUCGACCGUCCUGGCAAUUCUGAGUUGUCUGAAGAGGAACGAAAGGAUUUCCCCGUUAUUGCUACGUUUUCAGAUUUGUCUUUUGCAGCCGAAACCAAAGAGGAGAAUGGAGGCGCCACCAAUGGCAAGCGUAAGAUCGAGGAAACAAAUGACGACGUUGCCGAGGAGGAUAAAGCUCAGGAGCAGCCACCAUCGAAAUUGGUGAAAGUGGAAGAAGACAAGAAGAUGGAAUCAGCUGAAAAUGGAGAAAAAGAGUCGACCAAGCCUCCUGUUGAAUCUGCAAGCCUUCCCGAUAACGCUGAAACAAUGGAAGUGGAUGGAGACGAAGCCGCAAAAAAGACUGAUUCGAAGGAAGAAAAGGAUGGUGAAAAAAUGGAAGAAGACAACACAGAUAAGCUGGAAGAAAAGGCGGAAGCAAUGGAAACAGAUAAAAACGAAGAUGUUGUAGAAAACAAAAAGCCAAAUAUUGAAAGUAGCGAGCCAGAAAAAGAACGAAAAGAGGAGGUAAUUGAAAAAGAGAAAGAAGGAGAGCAAAAAGAUAAAACUGCUGAGGUAGAAGAAAAGGCUGCCGUUAAAGAAGAUGAGGCUAUUGCGAAAGAAAAGGAAAAUGAGGGCAAAAACGAAAAGGAAACAGCAGAGAAAGAAGAAAAAGUCAAAGAAGCAGCAGAAAAUGGUGACAAAGUCACCGAAGAAGUAGUAAAAGAUGUUGAAAAGGAAUGCAACGUAAUGGAAACAGGAGAGAAAGAAGAGAAGGUAGAGAAGGAAAAGAACGAAGAGAAGGAAAAGAAGGAAGAAAAGAAAGAGAAGGAAGAGAAUGUAGAAAAGGAAACUAACGUAGAGAAGGAAGAUAACGUAGAAAAGGAAGACAAGGUAGACAAGGUAGAAAAGGAUGAAAAAACGACAGAAAAAGAGGAACCAUCAACUAAGGUAAGCACAGCUUCCAAGACUAACGAAGAAGUAGCAUCUUCCAAGACUAAGGAUGAAAAUGAUGGAGGAAACAAGGUCGAAAACAAGAAUAUGGAUACCACAGAAAAGAGUGCAGUCGAAGAAAAAAAUAGCGACAAAAAUACUUCUGAAGCAGGUAUUGCCAAAUCGGCGGAAGAUGGUAAGGCAGAGGCGGAAACAGCACCAGUACUUGCCGAGACAGUUGUAGGCGACAAGAAAGAUAUUGAUAAGACCGCCGUUACUUCAGCGACUCCUGACACGGUAGAUGACUCGAAGGAGGUCGAAGUUACCAAAGGGGUUGAGGGUAAAUCGGAUGAGACAGUGGACGAGGUAGCUAUGGAGGUGAAGGAAGAUUCCAAGGCACAGGAAGACGCUAAACCCAGUAGUGAUGUAGUAGAAAUGGAAAAGAGUAAUGGAAGCGAUAACAGUGUAUCGGAGAAGCAGGAAUCUGAAAGUCCCAAGGAGGAGGAUGGUGGUGUAGAAUCUAAGAAUGAACAGAAUGGAACCCCGUCGGAAACUAAGACAACCACGAACGGUAGCAGUAAGAGUGACGAAGAAAAAAAUGGUGAUAGUGACAAAGAAAACGACACUUCUCUGAGCAACUGCGAGACGGACGAAACAACUGCGGAGAAAACAAAUGGAACUGCCACCCCAGUAGAAAGUACCAACGCUGAGGAUGUUCCCUCCUCUGAAAUCAAGGCUAAAAAGGUAAUCGAAGCCGUUACGCCUGCAGUUACACCAGCGCAACCGAUUGAGGCAGAAUCGUAAGCUGAGUAGAGUCGUCACAAGACGCAAUGGUGCGGGAAAUCAAAAUGCCUUUCAGGUAUUCUGAUUACUCCGUUGCUUUCAGAUUGGCACAUUAUGAUUCCUUUUUGUUAUUUUAAAACUAAACUACCGAAGAACCAUCUUUCGCACACACAUAGGAACGGACUGCAACAGCAGAGAAACGAGUAGCAGUUGUGACAGAACGUUUAGUCUUAAUGACGCAUUUGAUGAUAUGUCCCGAACAGAACAGGCAGGAACAGGAAACACAGGAUUUGAGUACUUAGACGGAGAAGAACUCGAGGAAUCACACACAUAUAGCUGUAUCAGUGACGAUCUAUUUCUUAGUAAUUACAAUUUUUAUAAACGUAUUUAUAUCAUUUGAUGCCACUGACAUAGGAUUCGCAUAGAAGGAUUACAAAUGUACGAACAUAUUGCAUUAAACGAUUGUAGAAAGGAGAACCGUUGCGCACAUUCGGUUAAUAAUUCUCGUUAAUACGCGUACACUGAAAAGAAAAUUGGAGAGAGAAGAGAGAUGUUGUACAACUGAUCUGAUCGUAUGUUCUGAUGUAUUUGAUGCGCUUAUAACAUCACAACAACACACACAUGCUACAAGAAUAAUUCGUUGCAGGUAAACCACGAAAACAAGUGGUAGUUGAAGUCGGCCAAUGUUUGGAAUUAAUUUGCGCGUUCAAAUUCCUAAAACUAUAACGAAAAUGACAUCAGAAUGUGUGUUACGUAAAUAAGCAGGAAAUAAUUCUUGUCGUUUUACAACAAGAGUUCGACUGUAACCUUACAUACAACUAGAAUUUCCCCAUUUGCAUGGGUAUGAGUGACGAAAGACUGAAAAGAAGUGAUUUGUUUGUGGAAGAAACGGUACGAAAUUGGAAAAGAUUCAUCCUAAAACUAAAAAUUGCGCUCCAUUCCAGUACAGCAACAAUGCACACACACACACAAACGCAUUCCAAUGCACCGUUUAAGUGUUACGAUCUGAAUAGUUAAUUUUCAACAUAUUAGUUCCUGCUAUUUUGUGAUCAUUCCUUGAACCGAAUCAACGUUGUACGAGGAGACAGACCCCGAUGUCUCUUGUAACACCACACGAUCGGUCACAUCGUAAUAGGGAUAUUUUCUUUUAAUCCAUUUCAUUUGACACCUCAUCGGGAUGGCCGUGCUGUGGUCAGCAAAAAUGCGAAUAACUAGCUACUAGUACGCAAUUUUGCAACAGGUUGAUCAAACUCAAUUUGACCUACACAGCACAGUUAGUAUUUGAGGCAAAAGAUCUGAUUUUUAUGAUGCAUUGAUGUGAGGUAGUCAUAUCGAUCGGUUAUGCUCCUACGGAACAUUCAACUAAGUGUGUGAUUUAAUUGAAUCAGGAAAAUUAUGAUGCAAAUCAGAUGAUAACGCUUCACGAACUCACGUGUGUUCGUGAAACAUACGAAACCACUAGGAACAAAAAGAAGAAUAAAAAAGGAACAACAAUGAUAAAACAUACAUAUGUUCGUGUUACAGUUGAAUGCGAUGAACUUGAAUGAGGUGCGAGUGAGUGUUUAGUAUUAACAAAAUAAAAUCAAGCAUGUAAAGCUUAACACACACAUACAAACACACACUCGAUGUCUAAUACGAGAUAUAGAACAACAGAGAUGAAGUUGAAGGAUUCGUACGUGCUAUUGAUGCAAAAGGCACAUGACAAGACAUGAAGUUAUGGGAAAAUAAACUACUCGAUCAUAUUUUAAAGUUCCACUCACCACGGAAACGAAAAACUCGCAA